AUGGCUACCCCCAGUGUCCUUACUUUUGAGACUGAGGGUCAUGCUGUUGACUUUGAGGUCUGGGUCGAUGACCUCCAGCUGUUCUUACAGUACGGUAGGGCGGACGGACUCUCACUGUUUGAUCUCACCUCGGGUGUCUCUCCUGCCGCGCCUGCUACUGCUGACAGCACUGUUCGGUCACAGUGGGCCACACGCGAUGCUGGUGCACGCCUUGCUGUGCGUCGCCACUUACCGACCACUGAGCGUGCGCACUUUAGCGAGUACAAGAGUGCUAAGACCUUGGGUGUUCUCCCUCCCCUCUCUUGCCCUCUGUUGCUUCUGCUGCUGCGGCCGACCACGUUGGUUUCGAGUCGGUCGGCGCUGCGUCUGCCCCUUCGCGGAAGCGCCUUACAUGCAAGGGCAAGGGGGGCAAGGGCGCUCGAGGGACCAGUGGGGGUAGUGGAGGUGGUGGUGGAGGCAGUGGAGGGGGUGGGGGUGGUGGUGGGAGUGGUGGCGGGGGUGGAGGUGUCGGUGGCAGCAGUGGAGGCGGAGGAGGCGGCGGCGGUAGCGGAGGGAGCGGAGGCGGCGGUGGUGGAGGAGGCGGCGGAGGCGGUGGAGGCGGCGGAGGUGCCGGUGGAGCUGGUCACGGCUCUGCGCAGAGGAGUGGCUCCGGUGCGGGGUGGGGGUACUGGUCCCUGCACCUACGUUCUCCGUAUAGGCGAUCGCGCUGGUGAGCAGUGCGGGGGCUCGCACUCCACCCAGCGCUGCUUCGGCCGCCUGACGGAUGCUUGGCGUCAUCAGUUCCCUGACGCCACUGAGAUCCCUCGCUGGGGAGAGCUGUCUAGGGUAGGGGUAGCUAUCUUUGAUUUUGACUUUGAUGCUAUUCUUGCUGCCAUGUAUGAUGUGUCUACUAGUGAUGAGGGUGACUGUUACCUAUGUGUUCCGCCUGACCCGGGCAUUGAGGCUGCUGCUCUAGGUGCUGGUGAGGCUGCUACUCCAGGUGCUAGUGCGUCAGCUGCCCCACGUGCUGGUGAGUCUGCUCUCUCAGGUACCACGUCGGCUCAGGCCUUGCACACCUUCACCUUUGACUCAGGUGCUUCUCGCUCCUUCUUCCGAGACCGCACCACGCUUACGCCACUUAGUCGGCCGGUUGCGGUCUCCUUGGCGGACCCCUCUGGGGUUCCUGUCCUUGCUCGCUUCUCCACUGUCUUACCGUGUCCGGCAGCCCCCUCUUGCACUCUGUCGGGUCUCUACCUCCCCUCGUUCUCUAAGAAAUUGGUGAGUGGAGCUGAUCUGAGGAUCAGGCAGUUCACCAGUUCACACCUGCAAGUCAGCGGGUGA